AUGGGGGCCUCUGAAUUGGUGGACAGAAUCAACCUUCGGGUGGCUCAGAGCCCUGUCGGGCGCUGGUUUCGCCUGGAGCACUCGGGGCAUCCCAAAGAACGCAAAGGCAGCCGCUUCUUCACGGAGAUCCGUGCUGGUCUCGCCACCUUCUUCGCUAUGGCCUACAUCAUUAGUGUCAACGCAAACAUCACUUCCGCGUCGGGCGGUACCUGUGUCUGCCCUCCCGAAAGUCGAGCCGACAAUUGCAACUCCAAUACCGAAUACCUCCUGUGUGUCCAAGAGAUCAACCGCGAUCUCGUGACUGCGACCGCAGCUAUGGGCGCCAUGGCCACUUUCUUCAUGGGUCUCCUCGCCAAUCUGCCGGUCGCUCUGGCUCCCGGUAUGGGCCUCAAUGCCUAUUUUGCCUAUACCGUCGUGGGAUAUCACGGCUCCGGCAUGAUCCCUUAUAGUAUCGCUCUUACUGCUGUGUUUGUCGAAGGAUUCGUGUUCCUGGGCUUGACGCUACUUGGUAUUCGACAAUGGUUGGCUCGUGCAUUGCCCGCCUCGAUCAAGCUUGCCACUGGUACAGGUAUUGGCCUCUAUCUGACGCUGAUCGGGUUGAGUUACAGCGCAGGUAUUGGUCUGGUAACGGGAGCUACAGAUACACCCCUGGAGCUGGCGGGUUGCGUUUCUUCCCUGCGUGAUCCUACAACAGGCAUGUGCCCCAGUGACGCUAAGAUGCGUAACCCGGCCAUGUGGGUGGGUAUCUUUUGCGGCGGUGUGUUCACAGCGCUUCUGAUGCUCUAUCGGGUCAAGGGAGCCGUCAUCAUUGGCAUCUUGCUUGUUUCCAUCAUUUCCUGGCCGCGCCCCACGUCGGUCACCUACUUCCCUCACACAGAGUUGGGUGAUAGCAUGUUCGAUUUCUUCAAGCAGGUGGUGACAUUCCACCCAAUCAAGCAUACGUUGGUUGCACAGGACUGGAAUAUCGCAACUCAUGGCUCGCAGUUUGGCUUGGCUUUCAUUACUUUCUUGUAUGUUGACAUUCUCGAUACCACCGGUACUUUGUAUUCGAUGGCUCGUUUCGCCGGGGCUAUCGAUGAACGCACUCAGGAUUUCGAGGGUAGUUCCAUGGCUUAUAUGGUUGAUGCAAUUUGCAUAUCGAUUGGCUCCCUCUUUGGCUCACCCCCUGUGACGGCUUUCGUUGAAAGCGGUGCUGGUAUCUCCGAAGGCGGUAAGACUGGUCUUACCUCUUGCGUGACUGGUCUUUGCUUCUUCGUCGCCGUCUUCUUCGCUCCGAUCUUUGCCUCCAUUCCUCCUUGGGCUACUGGCUGCACCCUGGUUAUUGUCGGUGCCCUCAUGUGCAAGGCAGCUGCUGAGAUCAACUGGCGCUACUAUGGCGACGCCAUUCCUGCAUUCCUGACCAUUGCCAUCAUGCCCUUUACCUAUUCUAUCGCCUAUGGUCUCAUCGCGGGUAUCCUGAGCUACAUGGUCAUCAACGUGACUGUCUGGCUUGUGGAGAAGACCUCGGGUGGUCGCAUUGCCCCUGAAAACAAGGAUGAAAAGGACUUUUGGUCAUACAAGAUCCCCGGAGGCUUCUUCCCACCUUGGAUUCGACGGGCUGCUCGUGGCAAGAAGGAUUUCUGGCGCGAGGAUGAGGAUGAGUCGGUCGACCUGGGCGUCGUACCCGGCGGCUCUGUCUCGUCUCGGGAACAGAGUGAGAGAGAAAAGGGUGGGGUGGGCGUUGCCGGGAAGACUGUUUGA